CGGUAGGUAUGAUUUUAUAGAAAAAAUAAUCCUGGUGAUCCCAACUUGCAAAAUCUUGGCAUAUCGAGAAAAAGUACUUGGAAUAUCCAGGUCUCGCCAGAACAUACGAGGGAUAGAGAGAGAGGUAGAUGCGACGGGUUGUGUGGGGAGAUUAACUUUUGAUGGGGAAGAAGGGAUCGCAGAGUUUGAGUUGAGCUGAGAAUCGAGUGACAAGAGUUUUCAGUGUGUGGAGGAAGGAUGUGGGCAGCCUCGUGCUUGGCGUCCUGCUGUGCGGCCUCCACCUGUGGGCUCUGCACCUCCGUGGCCUCCGGCGUCUCCAAGAGGUCUGCUAGGCUUGCCUACUGCGGCCUCUUUGCUCUUUUUCUCGUCCUUUCUUGGGUACUGGGAGAAGUCGCCUAUCCUCUUCUGGAGAAAAUCCCUUGGAUCAAUGAUUUUUCCUCUACACCAAGCAAAGAAUGGUUCCAAACAGAUGCUGUUCUUCGUGUAAGCCUGGGGAAUUUCUUGUUUUUCGUUAUAUUUGCCCUUAUCAUGAUUGGGGUCAAGGACCAGAAUGAUAAACGAGAUGCAUGGCACCAUGGUUGCUGGAUUGUUAAGCUGGUCAUAUGGGCAUUGCUCAUAGUUCUUAUGUUCUUUGUUCCGAACAUUGUCAUUACAAUCUACGAGACUUUAUGUAAAUUUGGUUCGGGGGUGUUUUUACUGGUUCAAGUGAUUAUACUUCUUGAGUUUUUGCAUGCUUGGAAUGAUGCCUGGGUUGAAAAAGACGAACAGAAAUGGUAUAUAGCAUUGCUUUCCAUAUCAGUCGUUUGCUACCUGGCAGCCUUUGCAUUCUGCGGAGUUCUCUUCCACUGGUUCAAUCCAUCAGGACAAGACUGUGGCCUUAACAUUUUCUUCAUCACCAUGUCAAUGAUUCUAGCAUUCGCAUUUGCUGUCAUUUCCUUGCAUCCACAGGUGAACGGUAGCCUCUUGCCUGCUUCUGUGAUUUCUGUGUACUGUGCAUACUUGUGCUACUCUGGUCUCUCUAGUGAGCCUCGAGCUUAUGCCUGCAACGGUCUCCACAACCAUUCAGCUGUUUCACUGAGUUCCCUUAUUCUGGGAAUGCUCAUGACAGUCCUUUCUGUUGUCUACUCUGCUGUUCGAGCUGGAUCUUCGACUACGUUUCUCUCACCUCCAUCGUCUCCAAAGUCAGAGAAAGCACCUCUUCUACCAUCUAAAGAUGUCGAGAACAGCAAGGAAGAUGGGAAGAAAGACAAGGAGAAGAAGGAAGAAGCGAGGCCUGUUACAUAUUCCUAUACGUUCUUCCAUCUUAUUUUUGCGCUUGCUAGCAUGUACUCUGCAAUGCUUCUAACUGGAUGGACCAGCUCUUCCUCAAAUAGUGAUGAGCUUGUUGACGUGGGGUGGACGUCAGUUUGGGUUCGCAUCUGCACAGAGUGGUUGACUGCUGCACUUUAUAUUUGGACUCUAAUUGCUCCUUUGGUGUUACCUGAUCGUGAAUUUUCAUAAGAAGUUCAUAGAUGCUCAAAGCAUGUGUACUAUGGCAAUGAUUAGUGUUAAUAGUUGGGAGCUGAACUUGUCCAUCUUGAUGAUUUGUAUAUAGAUAACUCUAUGCUCUCCUGUCAGUUCUUUCUUUUCUUUCAAAUCUAAUUGUACUAUCGAAUAGAAAAAUAGACACGAUUGCACCUGAUAGAUC